AUGUUUAACCCUGGCUCGAAUAGUAGAGGACUGGCAUCAUGGUCGAAAACAGGCAUGCUAGCGUAUGUGGACAACGAGUCAGAUCAUUCCAAUCUGUGUAUAACGCUACUGGAAACCAUCAAUGGAACCAACUGGAGACUGCGACCGUGUAAAAAAUACACCAUCCAUCCCAAUAUGUUGGAUAUACCAAACACAGCCAAUAGCGCUGGUGUGAAUGGCGCUGGGAACAGUAAUGGUUCUCAGAAAACGUUCAACUAUUUGAGCUCAAUAUACUGGAGCAACACUCACAACCUUGGCGGGGACCAAUUAGCGCUCUUCGAUGACGUAGGGAAUCUUACCAUGGCAAAUGCCGGUCAGACACUGGAGGGUAUCUCGACGCUCGACAACCUAGUGGUGUUAUUCCAGGACAAUGGCUACAAAAUACACAGUCAAUUAGUCCCAUUGCAAGAGUGCUCAUCUGAUAAAAAGAUCACUCGCAGCUCGACGAAGAGGGAGACACACAGCUCAAUUGUGGAAUUUUAUUGGAUCGGUACGCAUACGCCCCUUUUCACGCUGUUGGGGGCCCGCAAAGACUCCGCAACGUCAUCCUACAAAAGCCAGGUUGAGCAAGUCCAGCCCUUGGGAAUUACCCACCCAACCUCCGUCAAAUGCGCCUGCCUGGGCUUGAGGAGGGGAGGUCAACUGGACUUCUGGUACCAGUUUUCCAACUCAAAAGACUAUAAAAAGAUCUCCUUACAUUUGAAUAGCAUCCAAGAUUCUCGAGCUAAGCAGGUAGAUUGGAUUCAGUGCAGCAAAUUUGCACAAAUGGAUGAAUCCCAAGCUAUGCUUAUAGGAACCUUUUCCAGGCUCACAGAGACGCUCGCUUUUUACAAGCUAACUGUUGAUUGGAACAAUUCUUCUCAAAACUCCGUGUCUGAUCCAAAGCUGCAAUUGCAGCACGUCUUGGAAUUCAGCCCAGAGUUUCUUAGCGAAGCAGGGGAGCCUAUUGAGCUCAAAGGCUUCCAAUUGUUGUCUGCACCUAAUGAUAAGGCCUCUGGCAUUGAAUUGCUACUCAAUUAUGAAGUGGUAGGGGCUUCGCGCUCUGUUGUCAAACGUUACAAAUUUGGGAAAUACACGCCCUCUUCUGUACUAUGUGCCGUGUUUGGCGUCUCAGACGAUGAAGAACAACCUUUACCAGUGUGUGAUUAUGCAUUUGAGCAACAAGAAAUCUAUGAAUUUGACUCGUCGAUAUACACAAUUGAGUUCAAUGCCACCGAGAGCGUUGUGAUAUUCAGACUCAAAAAUGGCCAUAGUACGAUAUAUGAUAGACGUACGUGGACGUCUGAACAGGACUUGGCAAAGGUACAAAAUCGCGAUGUUAUGUCUUCACCUUUCUCUACUGGACUACGGAUGCCCAUAACAUUUCCCACAUGUGGCUUUGAGUGGUCGCAAAUAUCUCCUUCCUUGGGGGGCGUUAUUUCGAAAGUCACCGGCCAGGACUCACUACACUUUGAUCCCAUCGAAGCGUCCAUUACAGACAAUGCGGAAAAUGACACAUCAGUGGCUCUGGCGUUUGCGUUUGCGUUUGUUUGCUCGGGCCACCGACAAUCAUCAGGAGAAGAUCUCUCAAUCGCUAUUAAAACACAUUUACUGAAGCUGGGUCAAGUGAGCGGGGACCGGGCAGAAAAGCUCCUCAAAAACUUGAUUAUCACCGUGUAUCAAUUGUUUGGACUUACUCCUGAUGCCUCAAAAGAGCUUAAGGACAAACUCACAAUGAGUCGGCCUGUGCAAAAAACCAUGCUUCUGCAAUCGGAACUAGCCUGCUCUUUCACCAACAAUAGCAUUUACAACAUGUCUCGGACUGCACUUUCAUUAAGAAAUAUUCUAUUUGCGUUCAAUGGAGUUUCCCGGAAUAUUCAGGUGUUGAUUCAUCACAGUGCCACGAUGAACUUCCAACAGCCCAAUGGAAAACUUUACCAGUUUGCGUUCUCGAAACAAGAUUUGAUAUAUUCAUUAAUUCCAAGCGCCAAGUGGUUUGUGAAAUUAGUGACAUAUUUGACUCAACAGAUGAUUGUUCUGGUCAACUCACCGAACGACAAGGAAAAUAGUCUGGUGCUCGGGAUUUUCGGCUCCAAAAUGACUCGACAGUUAUUACUUUCUGUGCUGGGUGAAAUCAAAAAAGUCAUUCACCUCAUUACCAAGUUUCCGGAGACCUCAUUCCCUGUACUGAACGAAUCGUCAAUAUACUUGCGUAAAGUCCUAGGCGACUCUCCGGUAAACUUCGAAAAGUUUGAGACUUUCUUGGCCGACGUUAACAACAAAUUCUCUUUGCUUGAAGAGAGCCGUUCGAAUACGAGUAUGGCGAGAGACACUUACCUCAUUAUAGAUGGUGAUAUCCCGCCUGAAGUUUCACAGCUGAAAGAUUUCCUGCUUUCCUAUUCGAAUACUGCCGUUCUCUCCCACAUAAAGCCUGCUGAGGUGUAUUUUUCUGAUACUCGCGGGCUCCGCAUUCUGUCCUCAGAAAUUUUCCAGCCCUGCUUUCACAAGCUUUUACAGCCUCUCGAAAAAGGCCUUGUGAUUCCCAGCGACGUGUUAUCCGAUGAUGUCCCGUCAGCUUCGCUGUGCGUCAUUGAAAUAGACGAUAUUUCCAGAGAACCGCUGAAUUCAGGAAAAUAUAAACUUAAACGAUGCUGCAGAUGUGGUGCUGUUACUCGCGCGGGUUAUCCUGUCACCUCUGAGAACACUAUAUUCUCCACGAGUGUCACCACGAAGCGUUGGACUAGUCUAUACACCAAAUCCUGUAUCUGCUCUGGGCUUCUCUAUGAGCUCGACAGAAGCUCUCGUGAAUGA